AUGGCGAACCUGGGAUUAGAUUCUGGGUGUCAAUGCUUCCAGGCUGGUGCCUUUUGCAAGUCAUGGAAUGACCUCUUGGAAGUAUUCACUGAACUGAAGAAGAGAUCCCGGGCGACAAAGGACCGAAGGUACAUUUUAUAUUUUUCCACCAUCCAAAGAGGGGCGGGGGUGGAGGUGGAGAAAGAAAGCGUCCACACCACGCGCGUCAGCCGGAGUACCGACUGGCAAGUGAUCCGGGCGCGCGAACCUCUGCCAUUUAUUUAUUUAUUUUCUUCCCACCGGGUGCGCUGUCCCUUUAAAUGGGAAUGCUGCUGCUGGCUCCGUAACACCGGAGCCGGCAGCUUGUUGAUUUCAGCGCUGGUGAAUUUCACAUUGUUUCCACUUCACUUUCCUUGCCCCGGGGGAGGCUCGGGUCCACUCCCGGACGCCACCACCGAUCCGCCCCCCGCAGGGCUCGAGGAGGGCAGGGGCCCGCAGCGGCGCAGCGGGCGGGGGCGGGAGGCCCGGGGGCCGGGGCCACACGCGCACCUCGCCGCAGUCGGGCUCCUCCCGCGAAGGAGCGCGGCCGCCCCGAGCGCAGCGCGGCGCGGGGCCCGCCCAGAAGCCAGCCCGCCCACGGGCCGGGCUGCCCAGCCGCGCCGGGAGGCCGGGGCGGGGUGGGGGGCGGGGGUGGGUGCCGCGGCCGCCGCGGAGCCGCCGCUCGGCGCGUUUUGCAUGAAGAUGGCGGCUCCCACCGCCAGCAAGGCAGCCUCCCUGGGCUGCAACAACAAGCCAGCCUUCCCGGAGCUGGAUUUCAGGUCUGGAGCUCGGGUGGAGGAACUGAACAAACUCAUCCAGGAAUUCACCAGGCACGACCAGCGGGAAUACGACGACCAGCGAGCGCUGGAGAUCCACACUGCCAAGGAUUUCAUCUUUUCCAUGCUGGGUAAGGAGAACGGGGAGGAUGUGUGAGUAUGCGUGUGUGCGCGGGUGUGAUGGAGCGGGUGGGAGCUGUGGUCCCCGCUCUGGCGUUUGCCCGGGGUGUCACCCCUGGUUCCGUGAGGUCCCCUUUCCUCUCCACCGCCAGCUCAGCCGCCCCCUCCGCUCCUGCCUGCUGCGCUCGGCGCGGGGUGCCCCUCUCCUUCCCGAUCGCCCGCUCUUUUGUUGGUUCCUCGGCCGCGGGGCUGGCGGGCAGGUGAGGCGGCGG